CCAAGUGAAGCUCGAAUCCACAUGGAUGAGGGCCACGGGCAAGUGAUUUUGAAGUCAGCAACCUCAACCACUCGGCCACGAAGAACUCUUGUACGAUUAGCAUAUGCAUCAGGACAUACACUGAUGAUGAAAAAAGUUAUACAAGGGCGUAGUAGUUGGGGCUGGUGUGAGGGAGGACAAGUGUUCCACACCCUGUGGAAAUUUAGAGACAUCCGCAGAUGUGUUCAGCCUUGGAAAAGCAAAUCGAGUCGAAUUCAACAUUGCAGAUCCAGGCAGAAGAGUUACGCCAGCAAGGCAAUGAUUGUGUAAAGGGAGGUAAUUACAAUGAAGCUGUCAUACACUACAGUCAUGCCUUGAAACAGGAUCCUAACAAUCAUUUCAUCUACAGUAACAGAUCACUGACCUUUCUCAAACUCCAGCAAUACUAUCUCGCUGAGCAAGAUGCAAUACAAACUAUAAAGUUACAACCAAAAUGGCCUAAGGGCUACUUCCGGAAGGGUGAGGUUGAGUUCCAAGUUGGUCACUACAGUUCAGCACUUUUGUCCUAUGGGCAAGCACUAUUAUUGGAUCCCAGCAAUAAAGAAGUACAACAGGCAGUGUCAAGAACAAAUGACAAACUGGUCGUACUGAGAAAAAAAAAGGGGAGGGAACCAUGGUUGUUCUGUGGUGUUGGAGCUAUGAUAGGGUUACUGAUAGUUCUUGCUGAUAAGUUUCUUACAGAUAAACCUUCAAUACAGAAUAUUAUCAUUCAGUGUUUGAUGGUGAUGACAUUUUCUAGUCUAGGAUAUGGUGCCUUACGAAUAUACAGGUAUAUAAGUGACUCGCAAACAAGAUCUUUGCUUGAACCACCUGUUGAUCUGCUAAACGAAAUGGGAACAAGUGCAAACAAUGAUUUACCAGAAGAAGCAGACACUGGGGACAGUAAACAUACAUCUAACAAUAAACAGACAGAGAGUAAACCCCACAGGAAAGGUGGAGUCAGUGCUGCCCGACAACGGUACAAAAAGGGAAAAACCUGAUACAUCACUGAUGUUGGAACAAGCUCGGGAUUUUUAAAUAAUACUGUUAUGGCUAAAAGCCAGUAUGAAAUUUAUGGGAUCAUUGAAUUGCCCUUUUAAAUGUGCAGUAGUGAAGGAACAUAUUUCUUAUGGUGCAACUGUUGAGGGUUCAGUUUCUCAAAGUAAAGAACUAUGAAAGUGUUGUGUUGGGGCUGAUCCCUGGUCAGAUAGACAUACAUAUAGCAGGGGAAUACAUCUUGACUGUGUUUUUCUAUAAGAUUUGUACAGUUUAUGGCUUAUGGGCCAUUUGUGUCAUGCAGACUUGACGUUUUGUUUGCAUAUUUUAUUUUAAGAAAAUUGAAAAUUGUUUUUAAUAAGAAAUUAUAAAGUGUCUGCAUCAAAUCAUCUGGCAAAUUGAACUACCUUUUAUUGCUAGUUGAUAUGAUAGUUCCAAACUUACAUAGUAAAGUUAUUUAUGGUAUUAUUUGAUUCAGGUGAAAACUGUCCUAAAUAUAGCUAAAACAUCUUUACUAUUGGGUUCCAUCCUUUUUCUAGCAUAUAAGUUGUACAAAUGGAAAGUCUGCAUUUCUUUUUGAACGUCCCUCAUAUUGCAGAUAGUUUAUGUAUACUGACAGGUUAAUGUUUAUUAGACUAUAAAAUAUUCACCAGUUAAUUCCAAGUUUCAUCUUAAAGUAAAGCUUCUUUAUCAGUACAGGUUUUCACUUAACCUUGAGCCUACUGGCGGCAAGUGAUUAUGCCUUUGCGACCAGUGCAGACCAAGAUCAGCCUGCACAUCUGUGCAGUCUGAUCAUGAUCUCCACUGUUCGCUAUUCAGUCAGUAAAUUUUCAGUGAACACCCCUUCAUAUAAUAAAUGGGCUUGCCCAAAUUGAAUGAUGGACCAGUUCAUUUUAGAAAUUUAGCAGGAUAAAGGUUAAUAAAAUAGUUCUGUUAGCAGGAUCUAUGCUCAUUAAAUCUUAGCCCAGUACCAGAUUGUGCAGGUGUAACAAUGAAACUAUAAGUUAAAGUUCAUAAAAAUAUAUGUUUAAGACAGUGUUCAAGUUUGCUAUUACUAAAUCUUAGGUUGUGAGAGGUAAGUAUUUAACCCUUAUCAUGCUGGGCACGAAUGACUCUGCUUUUGCGACCAGUGUAGAUCAUGAUCUGCAGUGUUUGCCAUUCAGUCAAUAUUAUACGCCCGUUUGAAAAACGGGACGUAUUAUGGGAACGCCCCUGGCGGGCGGGCGGGCGGGCGGCGUCCACAGACCUUGUCCGGAGCAUAUCUUCUACAUGCAUGAAGGGAAUUUGAUGAAACUUGGCACAGUUGUUCACCAUCAUGAGAUGGAGUGUCAUGCGCAAGAACCAGGUCCCUAGGUCUAAGGUCAAGGUCACACUUAGAGGUCAAAGGUCAAAUUCAAGAAUGACUUUGUCCGGAGCAUAUCUUCUUCAUGCAUAGAGGGAUUUUGAUGAAAGUUGGCACAAUUGUUCAUCAUCAUGAGAAGGAGUGUCAUGCGCAAGAACCAGGUCCCUAGGUCUAAGGUGAAGGUCACACUUAGAGGUCAAAGGAUACAAGAAUGAAAACUUUGUCCGGAGCUUUUCUUCUUCAUGCAUAGAGGGAUUUUGAUAUAACUUGGCACAAAUGUUCACCACCAUGAGGCGGAGUGUCAUGCGCAAGAACCAGGUCUCUAGGUCUAAGGUCAAGGUCACACUUAGAGGUCAAAGGAUACAAGAAUGAAAACCUUGUCCGGAGCAUUUCUUCUUCAUGCAUAGAGGGAUUUUGAUAUAACUUGGCACAAAUGUUCACCAUCACGAGACGUAGUGUCAUGCGCAAGAACCAGGUCCCUAGGUCUAAGGUCAAGGUCACACUUAGAGGCCAAAGGUCAGAUACAAGAAUGACUUUGUCCGAAGCAUUUCUUCUUCAUGCAUGGAGGGAUUUUGAUGUAACUUGACACAAUUAUACAUCAUCAUGAGACGAAGUGUCAUGUGCAGUUCCCUUCUUUAGAAUUACUUCCCUUUGUUGUUACUAUAAAUAGCUUAUAUUGUAAGUUUUUCAUUACUAGUCGUAGGGAAAAAUCGAGACCACUUUUCUGUAGUACAACAUGCAUGCUACAUCCAAUUUUGAGGUGUAUUUUGACCAGUCUCUACCUGGUAAAGAUUUUUGUGAGGACUUACAUUUUUUU